AUGUUGGAGGCAGACGGCAUGCCUGUCGAUGAUGCACCAGAAGACGAGGGGCAGGGCUCUCCUCGCCAGACGUACAACUUUGCGCCAGGCUAUCACGGCGUCGUCUAUUGCGCUGACGUCCCUGACCGUGGGGCGAGGCAUAGCCACGAUGACAAGAGCAACGAGCGGGAUGAAACGACGGCAGAAGCCACAUCGGACCAUCCCCGAGAGACUGACAGAGUCAGGUACAGGUUGCAAUCGAUGCAAUGGGGCCUCAUCCCGUUUUGGACGAAGCGCGAUCCCGGCUAUUCUACGAUCUCCAAGACGAUCAAUUGUCGCGCUGACUCGCUCGCCACACCCGGCGGUAUGUGGUCAACCAUGAAGGCGGGUAAAAGGUGCAUUGUCGUCGCCCAGGGGUUCUAUGAAUGGCUCAAGAACGGCAAGGACAAGAUGCCUCAUUUUGUCAGGCGCAAGGACGGCCAGAUCAUGUGCUUUGCCGGGCUCUGGGACUGCGUCAAAUAUGAGGAUUCCAACGACAAACGGUACACCUACGCCAUCAUCACUACAGACUCCAACAAGCAACUCAAGUUUUUGCAUGACAGGAUGCCCGUCAUUUUCAAUCUCGGCUCUCAGGAGAUCAAGACCUGGCUGGAUCCCGAGCGGCACGAGUGGUCCAGGGAGCUACAGGGUCUUUUGAAGCCCUUCGACGGCGAGCUCGAUUGCUAUCCCGUCAACAAGGAGGUUGGCAAGGUCGGCAACAACUCGCCAUCCUUCAUCAUACCCGUGGCAAGUAAGGAGAACAAGUCCAACAUUGCCAAUUUCUUUGACAAGGCAUCGUCAAAGCGCAAGCCUAAACGGUCGGAGGAGGAGCCCACGGUCGAGGUGGAGACCAAGAUAGCAAUGGAGCAAUCGCGAAAAGAAGGCAGAGAUGCUCAGCCGCUGCCAGACGUGACGGCCAAGGCGGCCAAAGGCGUGGACGGGCAGGUCAAGGCAGGGGUCAAGCGGGAAGCGCCCAACGUCACAGACGCGGACCAGCAGGCGGCACCAAAGAGGAUUGCGUCGAGGGCCUCGCCUCAGAAGACGAGACAAAGUAAGAUCAGCGCCACGAGCAACGGGAGCAAGAGUCCCGUCAAGCAGGGGGAUGGGACGCAAAGGAUCACAAAGUUCUUCGCCAACAGUGCGUAA